AUGACAGUGAAUUUGCAAGAGUGGCUAGAGACAGCUGUAGAAGCUGCAUUCAGCGCAGGAGAUGUGAUAGUGAAGGUGGGGGCCGAUUCCUCCAGCAUUGAGAAAGAUAUUAAGACUAAAUCUAAUGACGGGGAUUUUGUGACUAUUGCUGAUCGUUCUGCGCAACGCGUGAUUUUUUCAGUGCUUACAGGGCAGUUUCCUCAGUUGAAGAUAGUCGGUGAAGAGGUUAAUUGUGAGGGCUGCUCUCCAGAAUCAUCUUCUGUUCUCUGCAGCUCAAACAUAGAGGAAAGAAUCUCUUCUAUAAGCACGCUGGCCAGUGAUUGCGGCCUCCCUCAUACAAAAUUAAAGCAUAGUCCAAGGAGUCUGUGCAGCAAGUCUAUGUGUUUAGCCAGAGAAGCCCUACAGGGGUAUGAUGAAGACAGCCCUGUAGAGCAAACUAUGUCUUGCCACAAGGUUCCUCAUGUCCCCUGCUCUAUUGACCUACCGGUAGAAGAUUGUAUUGUCUUUGUCGAUCCUCUUGAUGGCACAUUCAACUUUGUUCAUGGCUGCUUAUUUGGCGUUGGAGUGAGCAUUGGGCUAACUUAUAAAGGCCAGGCAAUAGCCGGAGUUAUGUUUUAUCCGUUUUUCUCUAAGAAGCUCCUUCACAAGUACAACUUUCCGAAGGAUUUACACAUAUACAUGGACAAUGGGGCAUUGCUUCAUCCUUUCCACGCACAGAUUACCGAACUUAAGAAACAACACGUCCCGAUAGACCUUUUCUUCGGGGCCCAGUAUGGUGAUUACUGCAAUUGCAACUUGACUGAGUACCGACAGACUCUCUGGACCAGCAGGCUGAGCCAGCUCUCUGAGUCUAAGCCCUUCUCCGAGCACUAUUUUCAAAUACAGAAUAUGUCACCUGACCGACUCAACCCGCUGCUGGAGUGGAUUGACAAACAAACUGAUGAGACACAUAUCAAGAUUAGAUCCAAGGAUGGUCUUCAAACCUUCUAUGGUGCAUUGUGUAAGUUUAGGGAGUUCCUCCUCGGUCUUGGGGGAUGCUUUGGUGUCAUUUAUAUAGAUGGAUUUCUGAAGCCAUGGGACAUCUGCGCAUUUAUGGGGAUUGCUCAUUCUUUGAACAUCGACGUAUACACCAAGGAGUCCAGACCGCUAACUCUUUCUAAGAGCUCUGGAAGUGCGUAUGUCCUGAAAAAAGGAUAUCUUUUCAAGCCAGAUAGAAAGGGUAAUAUCCCGUUCUUCAUCACAGCUGACUACGAUUCGACCCACUCUGACCAGCUAGCUGCUGUAUCCUUAGAUAUUGCAAACUCACUAGAGUCACUGCAGACAGACAAGAGCACAUAG